UACAUUGUAAAUGAUCAGACCAGACACACUACGAUAGUUUUGAUAAAAAUAGUGGCGCAUUUCAUCUUACAAUGGCAGCCAGGCCUACUCCAACACCACAGGAGUUCUCUGUGAGGGUGCCAAAGAAAAAUACCAAGAAGUUCAGUAUUAUGCGCUUCAAUGCUUCCAGUAACCUUGAUUUUUCGAAGGCAAAACAAGAAAACAUGCAGGCUAAAAUAGGGAGAGAAAACAACUUGAGGGAAUACAAGAACGCAAAUGAUCUAGAAGAUCUUCCUAAGUUUGGUGCUGGCAGUGAGUACGGUAGAGAGCAGAGGGAAGAAGCACGAAGGAAAAAAUAUGGCAUUUUGCUGAAGAAAUACAACCCAGAAGAUCAGCCCUGGCUUUUAAAAGUAAACAAAGGCACUGACCAGCCUAGAAAGUUCAAAGGCACCAAAGAAGGAGGGAUCAAUGACAACACAUCAUAUUUUGUCUUUACACAGGGGCCAGAUCUAGCAUUUGAGGCAUACCCAGUGGAAGAGUGGUACAACUUCAACUCUGUGAUCAAUUAUAAAUAUUUAAACUCAGAGGAGGCAGAGGAAGAAUUUAAUAGGCGAGACAAGACUUUGAAUAUGUUUUCCAUAAUGUUACGGAAGAAAAUGAAGAAUGAAGAUGAUGCAUUGGAUGCUGAAGAAGGAGAAAGCAUUAAAGAUAAGAAGAAAACAAAGAAAAAGAGUGACCUGAUGCUAACUGAAAUGGAAGAUUGGGUGAAUUCAGAUGAAGACGAUAAUGAUGAGGAUGAUGAUGAGGAUGAAGAUGGAAAUAAAGAAAAAGAUGAAGAAGGUAUCCCAAAGAAGAAAGGAAAGGGAAAGAAAUCCAAAAAGAAAAAGGAUGAUGAUGAUGAGGGUGAUGAAGAAGGAAAAGAGGACAGUGAUGAUGGUGACUAUGAUGAUAAAGAAGUGGAUUACAUUACGGAUUCUGAAUCUUCAAGUGACGAGGAAUUUACAGACAAAAGGAAUGAAAAACGAUAUGAUGAAAAAGGUGUUGUAGAUGAGGAAGGUUUAAGAGACCUGAAUGAAUCAGGAGAGAGUGAAGAAGAGACACAGGAGCAAGAGAAAGAUAAAGAAGAUGAGGAUGCUGGAAGUUCAAAAGGGGCCAAGAAAGAGAAACAGGACAGUAGCAGUAGCAGCUCUGACAGUUCAGAUGAAGACCCAGAGGAAGAUGGAGGUUUUGCGUCAGCUUUAUUUAUGCAGCAGAAAAAGAAGAAGCCAUCCAGUCGGAGAGGAUCUACAGGUUCAGAACCUAACAGCAGAAACAACAGUAGAUCCAACACGCCCAUUCCAGGUGAAAAGAAGACUGAAGAUAAAGCUGUUAAAAGAAAAGCAGAAACAGAGAGUCCCUUGGCUAAGAGAGUAAGGACAAGCAGCCCAAUCACUGCAUCGGCAUCCAGUAGUGCCACAUCAGCAGCCUCCACUAGUGGUACUUCUCUAGUGACUAUAAGUAGCUCUGAGGGAAUAACAGAGGAUGCUGUAAAACGAUACCUCCAGAGAAAACCAAUGACUGCCAGAGACUUGACACAAAAAUUCAAGUCUAAGAAAACAGGACUCACUAAUGAGCAACUAGUGACUACUUUAACACAAAUACUUAAAAAACUUAAUCCUGAUAGGAAAAAGAUUAAAGACCAAAUGUACUUUUCCAUCAAAGCAGAUUAAAAAUCCCAUCUAUAGAUAACUCAAGGAUAACUCAAGGUUUUUUGUUAAAUGAAUGGCAGCUGAUAUAAAAAUGAGAUCAUCUCCACAUGGAUAUUCAUAGACAAAAGUGGUUUGAGAUGGUACAUGUAGAUCAUUGGGUCAGUUUUGUUAGUUUGAAGUUUGACUAACAAAAUCAUGAAAAUUAAUUACCAUACGUGCAGAGGCAGACAAAACUGAAGUUUCAUGCGAAACAAAAGUAUUGUUUGGAAUUGCAUGUUUAUUUUUAAGUGGUUGUACCUUUUGUUAAAUAUGUCGCAUGGACUUCUUUUAUAACUUUCAUAAUGCUGAGUGUAAUUGAAUCAAAACAAUUUUGUGAGAAAAUAUUAAAUUAAGAUAUUUAGUUAAGCACUUAUUUUGUAGAUGUAUGAAUUAUGUACCCCUCAAUUUCUCACUUGUGUCUGAUCUUUCACAUGUUCACAAGAGGGACAUGUUAGCACAAUUUCAUGUAUUGAAGCCAAUUGAAUGAAAAGUUCUGACAUGUUGCAAUUUAACACAACUCCCCACAAAUCUACCAGCCCUGGGGGAAUUUUAUCUGUGUAAAUAUAUAACUUCUUUCUUAAUGUUUUUUUUUUUUCAUGCUAACAGGAGUCUGUACAUGUGCCAUUACUACUGUAAAUAAAUUGCAUUGAAUAUAUUUGUCAAUCAAACCUAUAAAAUUA